AUGUCUGCAAACAGGCGUAGCCCCGGUCAAUCGAGUCUGAGUUCCGAGCCGGCAUUUGACCCGACCACCUUGUUAGAAUCUAUGAACGCGAUGGCUGCAGCUGUGCACGAUUCCAUUGCAGCAACUAAUAGAGCGGUAGAAAGAAUGGAACGACAGCAGGGGAAAGAUAAUGGGAAUAGUCAUGGAAAUGGAAAUGGAUUGGGAAACAGCGUACCCGAAGGCGAUAGGCUAAUGACUUUGGCAUCUUUCCUUAAAGUUAAUCGGCACAAUUUCUCUGGAACCAUCAACCCGACCGGGGCAGAUGAUUGGUUUCAUGCCAUGGAACGGGCUCUGCAGGUGCAACAUGUCCCUAGAGGACAACAAGUGGAGUUCGCCACUUACAUGCUAAAGGGGGAUGCACAACAUUGGUGGCAGGAAGUGAGCCAGUUGUUGGGACAAGGAGGUGUUGAUAUCACUUGGGUUGACUUUCACACUGAGUUUUACAAGAAGUAUUUUCCUCCAUCUGCCCGCACUGCCAACGGGUUGGAAUUACUGUAG